AUGAAUGGCAAGUUGGUCAACCAAAACGAUGAAAUUGCACCAGAUGGGAGCCAAGUUUUUAGGAUGUUUGUUCAUAUGAUCAGAGCCAGGAAGAUUUUAUUAAUUGGCAAGCUUAAAGGUUACAGUAUCCUUGCUAUUGCAGAAGAAUUGCCAGAUGAUGGCAAAAUCUUUGCAUGUGCAGAAGUGCCCUAUCUUGGAGUGAACAGCCAAGAAGCAUUUGAUUAUUCUUCAGAUGGUAAAAAGAUUAGCAUGCGAGUGGGACCAAUAGCAGACGCUUUGGAGGCAUUACAUGCUGAGGAUGAGCACUUUGAUAUAGUUUUUAUUGAUGCUGAUCAAAGGAACGCUGUUAACUACUACAGCUUUGUCAUGGAUAACCACUUGCUGCGAAUGGAUGGAGUGAUCUGUGUAGAGAAUACACUCAUGAAAGGACAAGUCUACCUGGAGAACACAUCUGAUGAAAAUGUACUGGCUAUCAGAAAAUUAAAUACAGUGAUUAAUUCAGAUCCUCGUGUUCAGCAGGUUAUUUUACCUGUGCAAAGUGGACUGAGCAUCAUUCGAAGGAGCCCUGCACCUCCAGAUGCAGUGAUUGAAUCAAAGAAAGUGGUGAAGGAUGAUGUCUUCUGGGGUUAUAACAGGCGUCGCAUCCUCGAUCGGCUGCGGCUGGAUGGGAAGGUGGCCUACGUAACAGGUGGAGGUCAAGGAAUUGGAAGAGCCUUUGCACAUGCAUUGGGGGAAGCUGGUGCUAAAGUAGUCGUCGUGGAUCUGGUCCUUGCAAAGGCAGAAGCGGUCGCAUAUGAGCUGAGCCUUAAAGGCAUUAAAAGCAUUGCCCUUGCAGCAGAUGUAAGCAAACCUGAGGAUGUGCAGAGGGUUGUAGAUACGAUCGUAGCUCGCUGGGGCACAAUCCACAUCGCGUGCAACAACGCGGGAAUCAAUAUGAAUUCUGCAAGCGAAGAUACUUCACUAGAGGAAUGGGACAAAACUUUCAAUGUUAAUUUACGAGGAUUAUUUUUGUGCUGCCAAGCUGCAGGCCGCAUUAUGCUGAAUCAAGGAUAUGGGAAGAUAAUUAACACAGCAUCUAUGGCAAGUUUAAUAGUUCCGCACCCACAGAAGCAGUUAGCGUACAACGCCUCCAAAGCCGGGGUCGUAAAAUUAACACAGACGUUAGGAACCGAAUGGAUUGACAGAGGAGUAAAAGUCAACUGCAUUUCCCCGGGGAUCGUAGACACGCCGCUCAUCCGGUCCAAGGACCUGGAGCCGCUGGUGCGGCGCUGGCUGGCGGACAUCCCCGCUGGGCGCCUGGCCCAGGCCACCGACCUGCAGGCUGCCGUCGUCUACCUGGCCGCCGAAGCCUCCGACUACAUGACGGGCCACAACCUGGUCAUCGAGGGUGGGCAGAGCCUGUGGUGAGAGCCAUCUCCACGCUUUUCUCCUCCGGGGCGUCUCUGAAACCUUUGAGGCUUUAGGGGGUAGGUAGGAAAAGCUCUCAGUCCCCAACCCGAAUUGCUUUAGCUUCUCCCCAAAAUGUCCGGCAUUUCACGGCAUGGCGACUUCUAUCUGCCAUAUAUAUAAAAAGGUACCAUUGCAUAAUUCACUUCAUAAAGUAUAUAAUAGAGUUUCUAUGAGUUUCUAUAUACCAAUUUGGGCCCAUGUGGAUAAACGGCCGGCUAAUAUGAAAUGGUUGUUUUCUUCUUUCAGAUGUUGCUUUGGAGACUCAUAUAAGGCAGAAAAAAAAAAAGGCAAUCCUUCAUUUAAAACAUUUUGAUGUUUUUCACUAGGCAUUCAGAUUUCUAUUAAAUUACUAUUUAAUGAUAUAAAGGCACAUUUGCUGCAGUAAGAUUUGGCUAUUAUUUAGUUUAAUGGGGGGCAUUUUAAAGCAAUGAAUAUUAGCCGGUCUGCGUAGUGUAUUGUUCUUAGGCUAUUUUUUUAAUUCAAGUUGUUUCAGUGACAUCUGUGAGUGGUGAAAAACAGUUGAAUGUAGUGUUAAAAAAAAUAAAUUAGUUCAUUGCAUUUGAA